AACAAUCGGCUUGUUCGCUGACCGAUUUGGUUUACUUGAGAUCGUCACCAAAAUGCUUUUCUCUCAGCCAGUAUUGCAAACAUUGGGAGCGUCAGCAAAUGAGUGCACGAUUGAAAGCAGCCACGACAAAAUUUCAUGCAAACAAUUAACAAAUCACUUAACAAAUCAUUCAAACGACCCAAAAUUUACAACCUAAUCGGCUACGAUAUUUAUUUGCAACCCAAUUAUCUGCUCCAGGAAAGCACUUUAAGCCCAUGUGUCAAUUAAUCGGACCAGUCCAUAGUGAUAGUCGAUCAGUCGGCUGGCACGGCAGAGUGAUCUCAACUUGUCGCAUGCUUGCAUAUACAUGUCUUUUCCCGCGCCUAUUCCCAUGAUAUUGCAGCACAGAAUAAACGUGCAGGGGAGAUAACUUUGUGAAAGGAGGCCUGGCGAUGAUUGAUGAAAAGAUGAUAAGAAUGCGUGUAAGCCCUUUUGCUGUUGCGUACAUCCCCAUCCCGGGCUGGUCUUCGCUCUUAUCGUCAUUUCUUGAAAAUAGCUCCAGCAUAAUCUGUGACAACCAAGUAGUAGAAGCCGACACUAGUCAAAAUGUCGAACUACACUUUAACACCAAAGUUCUACUCAAACCCGGGUGUGCCUCCCAAGCCGCCGGUAGAAAAAUAUUCUCCGCCUCAGAAGAAGACCGAAGACACGAUGCAAAAACUACGUAACGCGAAUACGGUCAACAUGUCGGCAGAGCUGUUUGAGAAGCUAUAUCUGCGUGAAGCAAGGCAGGCUGGACUCAAAGAUGACCAUCAACAGCAAAGAGCCCAGCCACGAACCUUUGGGGACCCGAGCCCAAUAGGAUAUAUUGGUAUCGUUAUUGGUCUCACGCCACUGUCGUGCGAUUUGAUGGGCCUUCUUGGUGCUGGCGGAGGUGCGGCAGGCAUCGGUUCAUAUUAUUUCUUCGGUGGCCUUCUCCAGAUUCUAGCCGGGCUGGGCGAGUGGUUCCUUGGGAACACGUUUCCUUCCGUCGUCUUCACCACCUUUGGCGCCUUCUUUCUCUCCUUCGCAGCGACCCUAACACCCUCUUUCGCCGCAUUUGCCACAUACGCCCCGGACGGCGCUCCAUCUUCCGCGGGCAUGGACACGCAGGCCUUCAACGCCGGUUUUGGCUGGUUCACGCUGUGGAUGGGGGUGCUGUCCGUCGUCUUCCUCGUGUGCUCGCUGCGGAUCAACGUCGUCCUCGUGGUGGUCUUUGGCUCUCUGAUCGGCGCAUUCACGAGCUUGACGGGCGCGUACUUCAUGCUCGCGAGGGUCGCCGCCAGCAACGCCGCCGCUGUGGUCGCCGCGUCGCGGGUCUCGGCCGCCACGGGCACCGUAGUCCAGGCCUCCGGGGCAGCGGGGCUGGCUGCGAGCCAGACGGCAAAGAGCUUCGUGCUGGCGGGCGGCGUGUGCGCUUUCAUCACGAGCAUGGCCGUUUGGUGGCUGCUGCUGGCCGCCAUGCUGGACACGAUGGAGUUCCCCAUCACCCUCCCACGGGGAGACCUGAGUCGGUGGAUCAAGCCGAGGCGUGUGGGGAGGGACGAACCGAGGGUAUAUGUUUAG